UAAACGUUCAUGACGUUUAUCGAAACGAUUUCAGUUAUCUCAAAGGUUAAAAGGUUGGCAUUACUUCAGUUCGAUAUCUCUGCCAAAAACUUCGAGAAUCCGAGUCGCCCCAAAAAUGAACAAAACUCAGGAAUUAUUGAGAACCUGCAGAAUGGUCUCGAGACAAAUGAGCUCGUUGACUCCUACAUCUGGCAGAUACGUCAAAAUGACCCAAACUCAAAAACAUUUGGGCGUUGACAACAACGUUCCAGUGUACCUGAAAAGUGGCUUGGGAGACAAAGCCUUGUUUGGAACCACCGUUUUGCUAACUGUUGCUGGAGUUGGUUUGUGCUUGGAUGUUUUUUAUACACUUACCUUUGGCAAAAGAGGAUAAUUUAUUGUAAAUUUAAUUAAUAAAAUGUAGUAUUACUGUAAGAAAUACAUUAUAUUAGGAUUU